UGAGCAGCCAGCAAGUUCGGCUGGAAUCGAUUUGGAAUAAUAUUUAUUUGUGCGGAGCAUUCGCCAGUUGGCUUUGAGAGUUUCUGUGCUGAGGUUGACGAAAUGCGGACUGCAUUAGGAGUGACUCUGCUCCUGGCCCUGGUGGCACAACUGACGGCCCACAGCGCGGACGACUUGGUCUAUGGCUAUGAGUGCCGGAAAGGUCUCUGCCAGAAGGUGGAGCUCAGCGAGGAGAACUUCGCCAAGGCCAUCAGCAUGCCCGUGUGCCGGCUCUUCUGCGGCAGCUCCAUCGGCACCCUGUGGCCCAAGCCCACGGGCACAGUGCGUCUGGACACGCUAAUGCGCCAGGUGGACAUCUCCUUCAUCGACUUCCAUGUCAACGGCACUGGGCGCCAGCAGAAGCUGUGGCGAGCGGCGGAAGACCGCUUUAUGGACAUGCUCAACGUCCAGAUCCCGGAUCGCAAAGUCCUUGCCCGAGGUGGCUAUCGUAUGACUGUAAGCAUUAACACCCCGGAUGAGCCGGCUCCGGCCAGACUCACCCUGGAAACCGACGAGAGCUAUACCCUAGACAUUGACACGGAUGCCUCGGGUCAUGUGCUGGCCAACAUCACGGCGGCUAACUUCUUCGGAGCCCGCCAUGGUCUGGAGACACUAGCCCAGUUAAUCGUCUACGAUGACAUACGCCGAGAGGUUCAGGUGACUGCCAAUGCCACCAUCACCGAUGCUCCGGUGUACAAGUGGCGUGGUUUGCUCCUGGACACCUCCCGGAACUACUACUCCGUGAAGUCUAUUAAGAGGACGCUGGAGGGCAUGGCCCUGGUCAAGCUGAACACCUUCCACUGGCACAUCACGGACUCGCAUAGCUUCCCAUUGGAGGUGGAAAAGCGACCGGAGCUGCACAAGCUGGGAGCCUAUUCCCAGCGCCAGGUGUACACGCGUCGGGAUGUGGCCGAGGUUGUGGAGUAUGGUCGGGUGCGAGGAAUCCGUGUUAUGCCCGAGUUCGAUGCCCCUGCCCAUGUGGGUGAGGGCUGGCAGCACAAGAACAUGACCGCCUGCUUCAAUGCCCAGCCAUGGAAGUCUUUCUGCGUGGAGCCACCGUGUGGCCAACUGGAUCCCACUGUGAACGAGAUGUACGAUGUCCUGGAGGACAUUUACGGCACCAUGUACGAGCAGUUCAACCCAGAUGUCUUUCACAUGGGCGGCGAUGAAGUGUCCACCAGCUGCUGGAACAGCAGCAGGACCAUCCAGAGGUGGAUGAAGAAGCAGGGCUGGGGUCUGGAGACCGCCGACUUUAUGCGCUUGUGGGGUCACUUCCAGACGGAGGCACUCGGCCGAGUGGACAAGGUUGCCAAUGGCACCCAAACGCCCAUCAUCCUGUGGACCAGCGGACUCACUGAAGAGCCCUUCAUCGACCAGUAUCUGAACCCGGAGCGGUACAUCAUUCAAAUCUGGACCACUGGCGCCGAUCCCAAGGUGAAGAAGAUCCUAGAGCGGGGCUACAAGAUCAUAGUUUCCAACUAUGACGCUCUGUACUUGGACUGCGGCGGAGCUGGCUGGGUGACCGAUGGCAACAACUGGUGCUCCCCCUACAUUGGCUGGCAGAAGGUGUACGACAACAGCUUGACAUCCAUUGCCGGUGACUAUGAGCACCACGUUUUGGGCGCCGAGGCAGCCAUUUGGUCGGAGCAGAUCGACGAGCAUACGCUAGACAACCGCUUCUGGCCGAGGGCCAGUGCCUUGGCGGAGCGUCUGUGGUCCGCACCUACUGGAGGUUGGCGCCAGGCCGAGUCGCGUCUGCUGCUCCACCGCCAGCGCCUGGUUGACAACGGUCUGGGUGCGGAGGCCAUGCAGCCGCAGUGGUGCCUGCAGAACGAGCACGAGUGCCCCAUUGACGCGUACGAUGCACAAAUUUGAUUGGCUAUUAGGUCUUUCCUCUUACCGGCCACUAUUAUUUUAGAUGUAGUCGGGGCGGCGGGCGGCUUUGGGUGAUUGUCCUGUUCCAACUCACUUCGCUCUCCGCCUGAAAAUAAAGCACAGCUCAAGGGUGGCCUUACGCAAGUGA